UGUAAAUUCAGAAAAGGAAUACUUCACAAACACCACCGAAAUGAAAAUAAUCCCAGUCAAACUUUACUCUUCGAGAAUCUCAUUGAGUACAUGACAAGCGAGUCUGUACAAGUUCUGGCACGUCAAUUAACAAUGUGGCGCCUGUUGCAAGAUCCUUGUCCUGCAAAACGAAGUCGAACUGAAGGGGGAAUGACUCACCAACUCCAAAUGAUCUACACAAGAUUACAAACUAUGAAUGGGUUAGAUAAAGAUGCACCUGUGGAUGACAUGGCGGGAUUGUGUCACGUUCUGUUUGAAAUCCAAAAUAUCUUUCAUGAUAUUCAAAUUUACAGACAAUGCUAUACUAACAUAUCCCUUGUGGCUGGCAGCUGGCAGCUCGAUCAUACCAACGUUAUAACCUCUUCCAAUGCGGUGACUUUGAAGGUCUUUGUGAGACAAGUCAACGCACAUUGCGUUGAUCUCACUGGAACUGGUGCUCCUCUAAAGCCCGGUUAUAAACGCAGCCAGAUUGUCCUCUAUUGCUCGCGGCCAUUUGUGUCGAUUUGGCCUAGCAUAAGUUCGACGACCAGCUGUUCCAAGACACAAAAAUCGACACUGGCCACUGAGGAGCGUGUUUACGAAAGGCGUAUACCUGUUUGCGGCAAGAAGCAGCAGCAGUCGUCUGAGUCGGUCACUAACAAAAACAACACUGCAGCGUGCAUACACGAAUUCGACAGAGAGAAUGGCGAUGUGCAUCUCGAAGAAGCUACUUCAAGGACAGGUGAUCGAGUGGUAUCUCGACUUGUCUGCCCAGCUGCAAGUGCUAAGUGCACCCACGUGUGCAUAUCCGUACUACCGAAACAGUCCUCCUACGACUGUCAUGAAAUUUCAAACAAUAGCAUAACUUCAAGCUACACCAGUGAGAUUACCAUGCUUUUGAAUGCGAGUCACAGCACAUUCAGUGGGGAACAGACCAGAGUGAAUAUUUCUGCUAGUCCAAGUGACUGUUCCCGAUCCCAGAUUUCUCUGGUGAAUCACUCUGAACUCAAUGAGCCCUGGGAAAGUCCACUGCUGCAUGAUUCCGUAAUGUCCGAUUAUCUCGGAGUGCUUAGUCCGUUACCUGCACCAGAACAAUUUGCAAAUGUUGAAAGCACUGAACUGAACAUUCAAGGCAAGGUGAUGGAGAACGUUGGCGUUCAAAGUAGUGUGUUAAAAACAGAUUGUGUCCAGCGUACUACCGUAUCGAGGGACCUAGAAUCCAGUCGGCUAUCGGUUUUAGAUCCCAUCCCAGAGUGUGACAGUCAAGCCAACAGCGACACGAAAUCCUCAGCUCGAGGGACCGAGAUAAUCAAUUCAGAACACCAAACAGCGGAGAUAGAUGGGCAUGUAUUCGACGGCCUGGUUACAACCACGAUCGAAGACGAGAUGAAUGACCUACUGGUCAAAACCGAAGAAAUGGAGCAAACAGUAGAAUGGGUUGCAGCUCAACUCUGUAAAAUUGAUGGUUACACCACUCGUGACCUCAUGGUUGACAGUACACGGAUUCCGCUUCAUUUGGCCUUUAUCGAUCAGGCAAACGAAGCUUUAGCACCUCUGGGUGGCCGGAUUCGUCAAAUGCUUCGUCAGAUUAACCAGAUCGAACAAUCACCCGUAUGCGGUGUGCAUACAGAAGAAACAGCGCUGGUACAGAAUCGGGUCAAACAAAAUGCAGUGGGUGGAGAGAAGAGCACUGCGAUGGUGCGAUCCAUACAGUUUCAUGAAUCAGAAGCAUGGUCCCUGCGCACAGAGGACAUACUGAAGAUGUUUGACCAUCUGUAUCUCCGAAGCAUUGGUCAGGUCUGGUGGGAACAUCGAAUUAACAAUGAUGAGUGUGAAGCUUUGCAUUGUGAUAUUCCUUUUGCCCAAGCAGAUGUGAAUUUUCCGUCGGAAUUACGAACUCGUUUGAAAAGAAUUCGCAAAGAGCGAUCAGUCAAAUUGCAUGAGUGUGAACAACUCAUCAUACAGCUGCAACAGGCCCAAACUCUUCAAGGUGAACUCAAUGCAAAUCUGCAUUCGAUUCAGGCGGAGCUUGCCCGAUGUUCCAAACUCCUCGAUAAUCAUGACGCGCCUACAAGAAUCCACUGGAGUCCAGAACACGGCUUGAAAGACCAACUGGAUAGACUCCAUCGAAUCGAGACGGAUCUUACAGAGCGAGUUGCACCACACUUGGCCGAGUUGAGCAAAAGUACAAAGGAAUUUCAGUUCGAUCGAAUGGAUGAUCCUAUUUCAAACGCGACUGGAGAACUGGAGGAAUUGAUUUGUAUUGUCUGCCAGAAGAAGGAAUCUUUGGAGAGACUGGAUCGAUAUUUAGACCGGUUAAAUCUGCGGGCAAAGGACAAGUUGGCUUCACUUCAGAACGAACUAACAAAUCUGAAAAGCUUCGAAGCAAAAGAUCAGACGACACCGGAGGACCUGGCCAUUUUGACCAAGGACCUAUACAACAAGUGCACUCGCCUUCAAGAUCUUCAGUCUGAACUCCAUCCGGUACUGACAGAUUUGUUCGAAGUCACACAGACGGCAGACUCAAAUAAAAUUCUGUUGCAGUACCACGUCGAAGGCAGCCUUGAAGGUGUGGAUUGCCUUGUCCAGCUCAAAAUGGAUAUCACGAAGUUUUGGACUCAGCUGACGGACGAACUUGAGGAACAACUAAAACACGUGCUGGAUGCUGUCGAUGAAAUGGUCACCUCCACCUCGUCGAAAGCUGGCACCUUCGGACUCACAGGACAAACCAAGACGUUGCUCCACUCUGGUGAACUUCUUAAACCAGAGCAGCUACAAUUACAGUUGACGACGAUUGAUCAACAAAUUAGUGAACUGAAUUCACAUUCUGACUGGAUCAAGCAGAACCUUGAUCCGCUCUUAUAUGAUAGAUUCUCCACGCUACUGUUAGACGACGACAAACUAUCAAGGAGAGAUGAACUAAUGUCUCGACUGGAUGAAGCUAAUACACGGUUGCAUACUCUCAGAGACGAGUUGCAGACGGUGUAUUCACCUGCGGUGAUUGCUUUGAACGAGCGCAUUCAAAAGGCACAAUCCUUUUUGAGAUUACUCUACCUCCAGUCCCAAGAGCUUCCGAAACCUUCGAUGAAGUUGGACGAACUGGAUGUUUCAGUGUCAGAAUUGUCGAUUGCAUCGCAACUCGAUUUGCUUCAAGUACAACAGUCACAAUGUCAACAACUUCUUCAAGCUGUUCAAAACGAACAGCACUGUUUCACAGAGGACAUCACUCACAUUUGGCAAGCGAACGGACUCGGGUCCGAGCAGCUCAACAACCUCAUAGAAAUCUCCGCAGUCGGCACGCAGUCCGCUGUCGAUGAUGAGACACCAGAUCUGAUUCUAGGCUCAGUCAUGGAUAUGGGUCCAGGAGUAACGUUGAAGUGUCUGCUUCAAGCGUACACUCACUUGGAGGAAAAAGUUGCUAACCAGAUAGCCCAGUUCCAUUCAUACAUAACCGAACUAUCCCAGAAGCGUUGUCCAGUGGAUGAGUCGGAAUCCACAAUAUCGGUUGACGAAACAGACGCCCAAGUAACGUACUUUGAAGUCUCAGAAUCUGACUCAGGUCUUCCAGGUGAACUAUCCUUGACUCUCGUGGAUACAAUGGCACAGCUGACAUUACUGGAUGGGGUAAAUGAAACAUACAAUCAAUUGGAUAUUGACGAGGUGGAAUCGGAACUGCAGGACCUGGUUGGCGAGGUUGAUGUUAGUACAAAUGUUGAGGGGUCUUCAGCCGGUAUUCUACCAGAAGGAACUGAAGCGAAAAGUGAAAAGCAGACUGUUGGCGCGGCAGGUGAUGCAACGCUGGAUGAACAAGUUUGCUGGACUUCGACUUCUUCACUGGCCGCCUCAAUGCCACAGUCGCUUCACUCUGAGGAAGUUCAGCUGAGUCAGUCUGAAGCUAAGCUUAAUGAUUUAAAGCUCCGCUACCACCAGGUCGUCCAUUCAAUGCUCGCCGCUCUGAAGGAGAGUGAUUAUCCUUCAAUUUCCAGACUCUCUGAAUACUUCAGAACGACCCUAACGCUCAUGAAGGAGAUCUCGACUGAACUGAGCCUUUUGACGCGGAUCGAAGGAAGCAAUUAUCCAAUGACGACACCACUUAUUGGGGAUGACGAGAGAGACAAAGAAAAUAUCAUUACUCUGAAGCCGAAUGCAAUACCGCUGUGGUACAGAACUGAGGGUCUCGAAAUUCAUACGAAGUACUUUAUGGAUGCCGUCAGCGAAUGUGAACACCUUAUUCUCACUGCCUAUGAACUUUCUGAGCGUGUGUCAUCGAUGACAGCACGUCUUGAACCCUGGUUAGAGGAUCAGUCACGCAUACUUGGUGAAGUUAACCAAGUUGACCAGAGCUCAUCUACUCCUGAUGAGUUAUUAUCUCUGCUCAACACACUUUCAACCACAAAAUUAAUGAUCCGAUCAAAGGCAGGCGCUAUCGGUCAAGUCAUUCAUGACGUUAAUAAUCUGCGGCAAACUCUGGGGCAGUUCAGUGCCAAAGUAAAUUUUGAAAGGCAUUUGAUCUCCUGGGAUGCCCACCACCAAAACCAGUCGACAUCGCCAACAACUGAGGUUUACAGUGACGUACUUAACCUACCACUGUAUACACAUCUUGACCGGUUGGAUGUGGCUUAUACCAAUCUGAUAAAGAUGUGUGCAGAUUCCACAAGAACUAUCUAUACUCGUCUGUUUGAAAUCGGACGCGCCGACCUGGUUUUGCGCGACAUAGGGCAAACUGUGAACGACUGUGGUGUAUCUGGACCGGGAAUCCCCCCUAACGAUGAGAAGGAAAGUUUCCAAGCCACCCUUCCAACAAUCACAGCCGACAUUUCUGCGGUGACCGGGUUUUUUUCUGGAAUCGUGCGCAGAAAACAGUUAGAGGUCAGUCAGACAUACAUAAUCUGGUUUUUGAAUCAAUACUACCACAAUACUGCUAGACUUUCAACUAAAAUGAAGAAUUGGCACCCACUUGGUUCUGUGUCUAAGAAGAGACAGGUAUAUGUUUCAGAACUGACUACUUAUCAGACACUGAUGCACGAAUUUGCCGAUGCUCAAAAGCAGGGGCAGGUUCCAAUCGUGUGUGACGCAAGCUUGGAUCCAAUGUGGCAGCGUGUUUACAACCGUUUGCUGAUAAAUCUCAAUACAAGCUCCAACAGUCUACUCAAAAGCAAGUGUGAAUUUGCUCAGAUACGAAAAAUCGACUCAUUUAUGUUCAACAGUGCAUCUUGGUUUCGUCGAAACGGUUCUCGCCUAUUCAAAUGGAUUGACCCAAAGGGAUUGAGUCUGGAGACCGCUAGCGCGAAGUUGAACGAAUUCCAGGAGGUUUGUACCAAAAUAGAGCAGGAGAGUCAAGUGAAAUCCGCACAAACGAUGGAUAACAUUCGGGAAUCGAUUAUGCUUCCGAUUUCAUCCGACCCAAUGAUCAAGAAAUUUGUAACUUAUUUGGAGGUCGUUCUGCUGGGGAAUAACUCCAGCGACCACCUUGAAGCACUGGAUAGUCUUUCUGCUCCCGGACUGAGGCUGUUCGUCCGUGAGCAACACCGGUACAAACGUUUCGUGUCCUUCCUGCAACUGGCUUGGGGCUGUCACGUAAAGUUUGUAGCUCACUAUGAAGAGAAAAUGCAUAAGUUAUCGACUGCGUUCCAAAGUCUACGUGCAACUCUAGAUAAAUUGUAUCGUCCCUCAAAGUUGGUGGCCCAGUGCAAUGAACAGCUGAUGGAAAUUAACACUGCGAUCUCCACACUCCAGGCACACGCUACGAUUGUAAGCGAUAUGUAUUCCGCGGUACCACAGUUAAGAUGUUUAUGUCAACCUUCGGAAGUGUCGAAAAUGUUGGCAACAAUUCGUAGCAUGAAGCACGAGUUCUUGUGUCUUAGCAGCCGAGCUGAAGAGCGGAAGAAGAUUCUUCAACAAGCCCUCAAGGAGGACAUUGUGUUUGACACAGCCUACAAGCGUUUGAUGUCCGUUCUGAAACACUGCUGUGAAGAGAAAUCGUCCAACUCGCCAGCUAGCUCGACUGUAAAGGAUGCAAAGGCCUCCGAACCACAGCCAAGCUGGGAUUUACAAAGAGAAUCUGCCAACUAUUCGGCUGUGUUACGGCUGGGAUGCUAUCUUCGUGAUCGGUGCACACAGUCGGAUCCCGAGAGAGGAAUUAUUGACAACAUGUUGACCGACUUGCGACAUUUGUGGUACGCCUGUUUUCGGAAGCAAGCUGAGCGUUCGCUGGCUUGUGAAAAGGCCUUGCUGGAUCGAGGCGCGCACUCGGCGGCGUGUGAAAAACUAAGCGAAUGGAUUCGGACUUUCGAAUCUACGUUGAAAAUCUCUAGUUCAGUUUCGGAAAUACGGUCAGUUCCGAACAUGGACACGUUAGGUCCAGAUAGAAUCAAACUGAUGUCUUUCAAAUGGAGCACUACAUCCAAAAAUACCAAAAUUCAAUUAAUUUGUAUCAAGGAUGAUUCGCGACUUCGUGAGUGCGGUUUCUCCACCAAUGAUCUACAGUCGCUUGUGUCGGUGUACGGGGAUACUGCGCUGGUACACUCAAUCCAAGACGAAGUUCGGUUGUUGUCAGAGGAAUUGGAUAAAAGGAUGCAUCUUUGGAAUGCCAGUGAACAGGCUCCGGUUAGUGAUGAUUCACGCCGAGAUGUACCGUUGCACUUGCGAAUACGAAUGAUGCGUCUGCGGGUUGCAUUGGAUCUGCGCAGCCAAGUUCUUGAAAGUGCAAUGGAUGUUGCAACAGCUAUUCAGCAGGCUUGGCUUACACUUUCCAACUGGCUGUGUGAGCUCGAAGCUCGAAUAAGACGGACGCGCUGUCAUCCAAACUUGACCAAAAGUUCCAUCGAUCGGACAGCAAGUUGUGCUCAGUCACAACUGGAUACCUACGAGUAUGCGCGAUUCACGCGUACUCACGUAACCGCUCCGAUCCUGUCAUGCUACAGCUCUGUCAUGAAGCAUCUUUUGACAGUGAAUGAGACGGAGAAGAGUUCAGCUGAUACGUGGAUUAUGGGAAGAUGUCACAGUAGGACAAAACCGGCCAUGAGACGGCAGUUCCAGUCGCUUAUUUCCAAGUGGAAUCAGAUGGACCAACUCCUAAAAGUGCUUCAAAUGUCACUCAGACAAAGGGAUUGCGUUCCUCAAUGCGUGUGGGAUUUCGAAACACUAGAAUGCACAAUUGAGAAAAUGAUGAAAGACACUAGACGAGAACUUGGUCGAGAUCGACUACUCAUCAAGAAGCUAACUGAGGCUCUUCUUCAACCAGAUGAUGGCAAACUUUCAAGCAACGACACCGAGGAUGGCCCGGAACCAAACAAAUUAUGCCAACUGCUGUGUGAUCCAUUGGUCAAAUGGGAUACAGAAAAUCCCUUAACUAUCGAGUGUUAUUUGAAUCAAUGUGAAGCUCAGCUUAUCAAUGCAACCGCUAUGAAGAACCAGGUAAAUUCACUGAAUUCCCACUUGAUGGUAACACUGUCAGGCUACAAAAAGAUGUUCAUAACGGUGGAAUCUUGCGAAACGAGUGACAACACUUCCAGCCUGUACGACCACAGUGCGAAUACAGUUGUGGACUCACAGGCCACUGUGGAUGAAUCUGAUACCAUCUCAAACGGUUGGUCACAGGAAUCUAUUAGACGUGAUUCCGCUUUGGUUCUGUCCAGUCCACGCGAUUCGUUUACCGAACUCAACCUGGAUUCACACACGGAUGGUGAUAAUGCAGACCAGCUUGAAGCAAUGCUGGUGUUGAGACGCGGUCGGUGUAGGAAGUUGGAGGAAGACUUUUCACAGCUGAAGCAACUUACUCUUUGUCGGACGGAGAAUAGCCGAGUACUUCGAGAAGCACUUUGUGAGAACGUUAUAGCCCAAUAUCAUUUCGGUGAAUCAAGCAUUUCCUAUUUCACUUUUGAACAGCGAAUCAAACUUGACCAGUUCGACUUUGAGACGUGGCGGCAGAACUUCUUAAAGUGGCAAACCAAAAGGCAUUUCCGCGUGUCCGAUCUUUUUAAAGCUGUUCUCCCCGUCGACACUUCCUCAGCACAACGGUCACCUGGUACCACUUUCUCAACUGAUGGAUCUCCUUACUCAGAAGUUGAAGAACGGUGUACAAAUGAUUGCUCGACGAGCUCUGAUAUUGCCAUCGCCUCUCCCACUCCGAAUGAUAAGAUCUCGAUAUCGCCGAAUAAGUCAGUGGCCUUUGGCAGCGGGAAACAGCGACUCAAGUCUGCCACCUCCCUAGAGCACCUUGGAGUUGUAGAUAAACAAGAACUUUCAUUGAACAUUGAACUCACCUGUUCCCAGUUUGUCCAAGGAGUUCACCGGCAUCGUCCCGAAUUCAAAGGCUCAGAUUGCGUAAGUUUGCGAGCCGCUUUUGCAGAGAUUGAUAAAAACCGAAGAGGACUCAUUACAAUAAAGCAGUUGAUGGACGCGCUGCAACCAGAAAGACAACGCCAAGAGAUCCCAGUUAGUCAACUGAUACAGAAUGCCAUCGAUGCGGAGACAAAGAAGUGUCGUUGCAAAACAAAAUUCGUCCCAGUCAAAGUAGAUGAGAACAGAUAUCGGUUCGGUCCAAGCAGUCAGCUGUACUUGGUUCGAUUUCUGAACAGUAUUACGAUGGUUCGUGUCGGUGGUGGUUGGCAAAACCUCACCGAGUUCCUAGCCACAAGAGAUCCGUGUAGAGCUCGCAAUAAACUGCCUCCGCCAGACAGCCGCUCAGUGUCCAGCAUGGGUACUCAUCAGGUUUCGCCAGCACAAUCGAUUACUUUAUCCCGAUCGAGUCCGGAUUCCAACUUGGGAAGCAUGCGUGUCACAACACUGUCCCGUACGUCUGCUGAGUCGAAUGGCUCGUCAAACACAACACCUCCAAAGCUGACUCCUCGAAUUACACCAAAACAAGCGCCAAAAGCCAUACCAACAACGUCUAAACGAAUACAAGGUAGAAAUACCAAAUCGGCUGAGAGGUCGAACAUCAAAGACGGUUUGGAAAACGGCAAAUCUCACUAAAAUUCAAGUUCAUCCAGCGCGCAUCAACAGUUCACUUUAUCAUUGGUUUCCUUCCGCGGAUUAUUCAAUCUGAUGGACAGCCAACAUGUCGCCCGUUGAUAAACAGGGGGCUUAUCAUUGUAUUUUAUAUUCACCAAAUCGCUUUUUGUAACACUGCCCUUCUUUCAGUAUAUACCAUGUUUUCCAUGCAUUGUUGCGUUCCCAUACUCAUCACGUUCGUCUGACCAUACUAGAAAGUCG